CCACCGUAUGUACGUCGGCGAUUCCGUUCGCAGCGUAUUUUUAUUGUGCGCGCCUGCCCGUCAUCAUCGAUCGUCGCUGCAGCCGACCCACCGCCGCCGCCGCCACCGAUACCAUUUUCACCGGUCCUGCGAACGCUGACUGUCACCCGCGUACGCCAGUCUCAGUCAUCGCCGCACCCGAUUAACCGCGAGAACACCGCCCGACCGGUCGUAUAAUUGUAUACUCGAUUUGCAGUUUUCCCGGAUACCGAUUCGGGUCAACCGCAUCCCUCGGCCGGUAGCACCCCCUUUCCGUGAACAGUCGCGCUCCGUUCCGCCGACUUACCCCGGAGCCGCGCGGUCGCCACCAUGGUCAAGCACAACACGGACACCAACGGCAUUGGGUACGAAUGGGAGUACGCCAAGGUGAAGGAUGACCGGACUAUAUGGCAGAAGAUCAUCAUGGGCAUUUACAACCCGAGCUCGCACGAGUUUCUCGGCCGGUCCGCCAAGAGUUGGGGAGGAAUUCUGCUCUUUUAUGCCGUGUUUUAUUCAAGUUUGGCAUGCAUGUUCGCCAUAUGCAUGAAAGUACUAUUAUCUACGUUGAACGACCAUACACCUCAUUUCACACUGACCAGCUCGAUAAUCGGCACAAAUCCUGGAUUAGGAUUUCGACCCAUGUCUCCAAAUAUUGAAGAUGGAUCACUAAUUUACUACGCAGCGGAUAACGCAACUAAUGUAGAGGCAUGGACUAAUGAAUUAGACAAGUUCCUAGCUGUGUAUAAGAAUAAAACACUACUGCCAGACAAAGGUAGUAACCAACAGAAAUGUGAUUACAAUAUACCACCACAAAAGGACAAAGUUUGCGAGGUCAGCCUGGCAAACAUGGGACCAUGCACAUCCGAAGCAAAAUAUCAAUAUCCAAAAGCUCAGCCCUGUGUUUUCAUUAAGCUCAAUAAGAUUUUCGACUGGGAACCAGAAUUCUAUAGUAACAAGACAGACAUUCCAGCUGACAUGCCACAAGAACUUAAAAACACAAUUGCGAGUAGAAAUAAACAUGAGUUAUUCACAAUAUGGGUUACCUGCGAUGGAGAAGCGCCAGCAGACAAAGAUAAUAUUGGACCACUUAAGUUAUAUCCACAAGAUGGAUUUCCCGGCUAUUACUACCCGUACAGAAACAAGCGCGACUAUCUUAGCCCAUUAAUCGCCAUACAUUUCCUAAAUCCAAAAAGACAAACUUUGAUCAAUGUGGAAUGCCGUGCCUGGGCCAAGAACAUAUUUUACAAACGCAGCUUGCAAAACCGCGAAGGUUCCGUUCACUUCGAAUUGAUGAUUGACUAAAGUUGAAGGCUCUUAACACCGCUAAACCAUUCGCUUUGUUCUCAGUUUUUUGGAGCAUCACAAAACACAGAACAUAGCCAGUUUAAUUUUAGUACUAUAUCGUUGUAUUGUUAAUUGGUUUAAGUGAAAUCCCAACAAAACGCGUUUACUCCUUUCAUAAAAAAAAAAAA